AUGAGGUCCUUUCUCAUUUUCCUCGCCAUUGCCAUUGCCAUAGCCAUUGCCACUGUGGAAAGCAACUCUGAAGUGGAUGCUCUUCAAGUCUGGAAGACUAAACUGACAGAUCCAAAUAAUGUCCUCCAAAGCUGGGAUCCAACACUGAAUAAUUCCUGCACCUGGUUCCAUGUCACCUGCAAUUCAAACAACAGUGUUACAAGAGUGGACCUUGGCAACGCGGGACUAGAAGGACCUCUCGUGCCUGAGCUUGGAAUCUUAGCUAAUCUACAAUACUUGCAAGUCCAACGCAAUAAGAUCGGUGGAGAAAUACCGAGAGCUUUAGGCAAUUUGACAAAACUUGUGAGCUUGGGUCUGGAUCAGAAUCAGCUAAGCGGAUCGAUCCCAGAAACUCUAGGGAACUUAAGAUUAUUAAGAUUCUUGAGGUUAAACAGUAACAAUUUAACUGGGAGAAUUCCAAAUAGUGUCAUUGAACUGAUCCAUUUUGGCAAUUUGCUGAUCAUGAAUGUCUCAGACAAUCACUUGGCAGGCACUGUUCAUCACACAAAUAAAGCAGGAUUUGUUACUACUACCAUAAUUCAAGAUGCAAAAGCCUAG